UGUUGUAGCUUCAGUGGGGACCCAAGAUGGCCGGAGGAUGACAACAUACAGCUGUCAGUUGGUGCGAACGACAAACAUUUUAAAGGGAUUGGAGGGAAAAUGUCUCACAUUCAGUAUGUGGACGAGUUGGUUAAGGAGUAUUUGCUCUUCCGAGGCUUUAGUCAGACUUUGAAGGCUUUCGACAAUGACCUGAAGGCGGAGAAAGAAAAAGGAUUCAGGGUAGACAAGAUAGUGGAUCAAUUAAUGCAAUACAUAUAUAAUUACGACUUGGCAUCAUUGAGGGAAUUAUGGGGACACUUGGAUACUAGAAUGUUUUGUCGACUGGAGAGUCACUUCACACCUGCCAUCAGAAAACUGGAGAAUGCCGUGCUGAAAAUGUACCUGGUGAAUGCAGCAGUGAAUGGUAAACAAGACAGAAUUCAGGAAUUUUUUACCAAAAUGGCACCAGAAUUACAGGGUCACUCAGAAUGGAAGGAGUGGUUUGCAUUUCCCUUUAUCAAGAAUCCUGAAGACAAUCCGACUUAUUCCGUGCAUUUUAGUAAACAGUGGCAUGAUACUAUGUUGGUAUCUUUACAUAAUUUCCUAGCAACAAUUUUUCAAUGCAUGCCACAACCAACGUUACUCACGAUAGAUGAGGAUACAAACAAGUUAAAACGACUGCAAGAGGAGAAUGAAUUACUGAGGCAACGACUGAGCGACUCUAUUAAGAUAGAGAGCGUGUCGGAUGUGAACCCAGGCCCAGCACCCCAAUAUCCACAAAUUAUGGACGACUUUUACAUUAUUGCUCAAGAAUCGCCGCUACUGGAAAAUCCUAAGACACUGCGAAAUCUCAUAAGGAACAUUGGCGGCGGGUCCAGUCCAAUUUUAAGUAGAAAACCUGCAACAAACAUAAAGAAACUGGUGGAACCUGAAGCGAGCGCGACGAAACGCACGAACACGAAGGGACGAGUGAACUCGAUUAGCAAGUCCGAAGCAGUCGCCAAGAGGAGCAUCAGCUGUGAUUCAAGAUUAAGUAGUUCUAGGAAAAGAGACUCUUCUAUGGAUACUGCUGUCGAGAGGAAGACUAAGGAAAAGAUAGAUUCCAGUUAUAUUCUUCUAAGUCAGGAGGAAUAUACUGAACACAAAACCUCCAUAAUUCAAUGCAAGAGCAACGCUAGCGGAUCGUACGUCGCAACGGGCGAUGCCGACGGUAUCAUUAAAGUAUGGACACCGAUUCCCUCACCAAAGACCGUUACCACGUUCACUUCCGCCACGGCGAAUUCUAACAAAGCCAUCACUUCGUUAGACUGGAUAUCAAAGAACGAACGCUACUUUCUACAUGGCGACAACAACGGCUUAAUCCAACUACAUGACACGCGAGACUGCAAAACGCUCUGGGAAAUUCAGCACGAGAAUUCGCGUAUCGUUACGCUGAUCUGCAAUCCGACGGAAUCGACGUUCGUUUGCUCCGUGUCGAACGGCAACGAGGGCAAGCUGUUGUUGUACGACAUCAAAACUAGGAAACUCGAGAGAACCCUGUCGAUGGAGCAGAACGUCACCGCUCUGUGUUCCGCUUUCAAUCACAACGGCCAAUUACUUAUCACGGGGCUGUCCAAUGGCAAUAUAUUAAUACACGACCUUCGGCAAAAUGAGAUAAUCGACAAUCUCAAUUGCCACUCUAGCCCGAUAAUUGACAUAGAAUUAAUUAACGAUUUCACGAACAUAUGCGCGCAAAGCGAGGACGGUAAACUAUGCCAAAGAAGUUUAAAUCAUUCGGGUAAGAUUUUGUGGGAGACCAAGAUCAAGAUCGAGAAAAACCCUGUACAUGGGAAAUUGUUCACCUUCGAUCAAAGCGGGAGUUACAUGUUACUCUGCACGCAGACCGGAGGCAAUAUAUACAAGAUGCCACCAGGCGCUCAAGGGAAAAUUUUAGAGCUAGGCGGACACAAGGGUACUCUAUGUUGCGACUGGUCAACUGCCAAUCAAUCUGGGACUUGUAUAACCGGUGGUGCGGAAGGAAAGGCACGAGUGUCGACGCUACUUUCACCAUGAUAUAGGAACAAAAUUAGUAUUUGUGUAAAUUCGUAAGAUAAAUAGCUACUAAAUUACAUCGAUGGAAAAAAUAUUGUAGAUAUUAUUUUAUUCGCUGUAUCAAAGUCUUGGCAGUGAGUGACUGUAGUAUAAGAAUAUGUCAAGAUUUCGAGACGUUACAUCAUGUAUAUCGCCAAAGCGUUGGUAAUUUUGUGUAAAAAGAAAAAAAGAAAAAAAAAAGAGGAAAUCAAUAUAUUUUAUGGGAAGUACAAUGAAUGCCAAUGUAUCGUGUAUCUCGGUAGUUAUUAGUAGCAACUGUAAUAUAAUUGUCUUUUAUCUUUGAAAAGAGCAAUCAGGGACUACUAAACGUAAAGUGUACAAAGAAAAAAUAUUUAUAGGAAAGAUGUUAUGAAAGAUUUCUGGUGUUAUCUCUGCGUAACGAUUUUAUUCAGUUUUGUAAUCUAACUAAAAGAGAUGAGAGGAAAAAGACAGUUGCAACAUGAUCGUAUGUAAUGUUAUGGAUUAAAAAAUGUACAAGUGAGGAAAAUGUCAAUAAAUACGAGUCAAUUUUAGAAUUA